AUGAUCUCACAGGCUCAGCUCAUCUGGCUGCUAGUGCUCUGGAUCCAGGAUUCCAGCGGGGACAUUGUGAUGACUCAGACUCCAGAAUCCCUGACAGUGUCUCCAGGAGCCAGUGUCACUAUCAGCUGCAAAUCCAGUUCCAGUAUUGCCAGUUCCAGUGUUGGUGGCUACAUGGCCUGGUACCAACAGAAAUCAGGACAAGCUCCUAAGCUCCUUAUCCACAGUGCUUCCACCCGCCUCUCUGGGGUCCCAGACCGGUUCAGUGGCAGUGGAUCUGGCACUGACUACACGUUCACAAUCAGCAGAGUUGAAGCUGAAGAUGCUGGAGAUUAUUACUGCCAAAAGCAUAACAGCCCCCCUCUCACACAGUUUACGAACAAGCUUAACAAACCACAGUCUGGCAAGAUGAUCUCACACACGCCUCUUCUCUGGCUGCUGGUUCUCUGGAUUCAGGACUCCUCUGGGCAAACUGUGAUGACUCAGUCCCCGGAAUCUCUGGCAGUGCCAGUGGGAGGGAGAGUCUCUAUUAACUGCAAAGCCAGUACGAGCGUUGGCACUAGCGUACACUGGUACCAACAGAAACCUGGACAAGCUCCCAAACUUCUCAUCUACGGCGCUAGCAGCCUCCAGUCGGGUGUCCCGGCCCGGUUCAGCGGCAGUGGGUCUGGCACUGAUUUCACAUUCACAAUCAGCAGCGUAGAAGCUGAAGAUGCUGGAGAUUAUUACUGCCACCAGACUAGCAGCUGGCCUCUCACAGUGAUACAGACCUAUACAAAAACCUCCCUGCUCUCUGCAGCGUGCAUUGCAGUUACCGUUUGCUGCAGAUAUCUCUGA